AUGGCAACCCCACAGAGCAAUGCUGAAAACGUCAUCAGAUCCUCGGAGGGCCUUUUCCUCUCCCACCAGCAUAUGGACAGUUUUCGGAGGUCACUGGACAAACUUCUGAGUCUUUCCACAGAGGAUGUGACUGAAACAGAAAUGCUGCGAUCCAGGAUAAAUGAACAGUCAAGUAUGAUCUGCAUCCUGAAACAGAGAGCAGAUGAGCUGACACUCCAAUGCCAGACCCUGCAGAAAGUCAACACAGAGCAGGGGGACGGAGUAACAGACCACCAGAGAGAGCUGGCCAGGGAAAGAAAGAAAGCAGAGUUAAUAGAGAGGAGGUUUAUGGAUUUAGCUGCCAACAAUCAAGCAAUUAUUGUCUUUAUGGAUGAGCACAAAACUCAGAAUGCCAAGUUGAAGAUUGAAAACAAACGGCUGCAGUCAGAAAAUGAUACACUUUUCUCCCAAAAAUUGCAAGAUAAAGAAGUGUUGGUACAAAAACUGAUGAAAGAAAUCCAACGGCUGACCGAGAAUUACACAAAUAAAGAAAAGGAAUAUCAGAAGAAUUUAACUGAAUGUCAAUCAAAACUCCUGGAAGAAGCGACUCAACAUAAAGCCAAAGAAGCAUCUCUACUUGAUCAAUUGUACGACACUGAGCAACAGCAAAGAGAAGCUGGAGAGAUGUGCAAAGAGCUGACGCUGAAGCUACAAACAGAUGAAGAGAAGUACACUGCGAAGGAGAUCGACAUGAAGAAAAGCACAACACUUCUUAUCAAAGCGAAGGAAGAACUGUUGUCUCUGUCCAAGGAGAGAGGGAGAAUUAUACAGGAGAAACAAGAGGAAAUCCAGCAGCUCCAGAGAAAAUGGGAAAAGGAGAAGAAAUCCAGAGCUGAAGCAGAAGACAAGUUUGAGCAGGACGCAGAGACUGUGAACGCAGACGUCAAAGUGCAGUCGCUCAUGUGUGCUCUGGAUGAAUCCGCAACAGAGUACCAGAGGCUUCAAAAGGAUUUUGAUGCCUUCAGAGAACACAGCGCCAGCCUCCUGACACAGGAGAGGGAGCUGAAUAAGAAACUUCGCCACAUGAUAGGCUAA